CAGGGGCUGAGUCGCUGGGGUAGAGAAACGAGCCCACAGUCCCAGCCGGCCGUCCCCUGCAUGGGGCCGGCUAAGCUCCCAAGGAGAUGGCAACCCACGCAACGGAGCCGGCGCCUGGACAGCCUGUGAGCACAGGGUGAAGCCCGAGCGCGCGGAUGGCCAAUACCACAGGGCUGACCAGCACAGGGGUCCCAGGCUCGAUGGCACUGCUGCUAGCGGCAAUCGUGGAGGUGGCCGCACUGCUGGGCAACGGCGGGCUGCUGGUCGUGGUGCUGCGCACGCCAGGUCUGCGCGACGCGCUCUACCUGGUGCACCUGUGCAUCGUGGACCUGCUGGCGGCCGCCACCAUCAUGCCGCUGGGCCUGCUGGCCUCGCCGCCGGGCUUGGGCCGCGUGCGCCUGGGCCCCGCGCCCUGCCGCGCCGCGCGCUUCCUCUCGGCGGCGCUGCUGCCCGCCUGCACGCUGGCCGUGGCGGCGCUGGGCCUCGCGCGCUACCGCCUCAUCGUGCACCCGCUGCGUCCGGGCGCGCGGCCCGCGCCCAGCCUGGUGCUCACCACCGUGUGGGCCGCGGCCGGGCUGCUGGGCGCGCUCGCCCUGCUCGGGCCGCCGCCCGCCCCGCCCCCCGCCCCGGCGAGCUGCUCCGUGCUGGCGGGGGGCCUCGGGCCCUUCCGGCCGCUCUGGGCGCUGCUGGCCUUCGCGCUGCCCGCCCUCCUGCUGCUCGGCGCCUACGGCAGCAUCUUCCUGGUGGCGCGCCGCGCGGCCCUGAGGCCCCCGCGGCCUGCGCGCGAGGCUCGGCCUCGCUCCGACUCGCUGGACAGCCGCGUCUCCAUCCUGCCGCCCCUCCGGCCGCGCCUGCCCGGGGCCAAGGCAGCCCUGGCCCCAGCGCUGGCCGUGGGCCAGUUCGCAGCCUGCUGGCUGCCCUACGGCUGUGCGUGCCUGGCGCCCGCAGUGCAGGCCGCUGCGGCAGAGACGGCCGUCACCUGGGUGGCCUACUCGGCCUUCGCAGUGCACCCCUUCCUGUACGGCCUGCUGCAGCGCCCGGUGCGCAGGGCGCUGCGCCGCCUGGCCCGCCGAGCACUGCCCAGGCCUCCGAGGACCUGCGUGCCAAGGGCCUGGCACCCGCGGGCACUGCUGCAGCACCUCCACGGGCCUCCAGAGGGCCCUGCAGAAGCAUCGGAUCAAGCCCGAGCGUUGGCAAGAAAGGAAUCUGAAGAUGUUGGAGGCCACCUGAAGGAAGAGCUCUCACACACACCGAGCCCAGGGCUGCAGGAAGGAGGGUGGAGGGUGGUAUCAGAAGGGUCCCGUCCAGCCUCCUGCACAAACGUUGGCAGGUGCCCUGCUUUGACUUCCAGCUCCAGCUCUGGAACAGGUGGUAAGACGCCCGCUGCCUGGUGAGGCCCAGCGGCUUCUGGGAGCCAGGACUGUUGGCCCUUGUGUCCUUGUGCACACCUUCCACAGACCUUGGCCUUCCCUCUGCAUUCUGGACCAUGACUAAGGGUUCCUCCAGCUUAAGGCGGCUUGGACACUCAUGGAUGGCCGCCAGGCCAGAGGAGCGAGGUGGGCAGGGACACAGGAGAGGGCCCUAGGGCUGCUCACAGCUAAACGAUGGGCAGAACAGGGCAGGGCCCAGGUUCCAGCCACAGCAGGAGGAAUGAGUGGAGAGAAAUUCAGGAAGACUUCCCUGACGUCUGGGCUGAGGAGAAGCCGGUCAAAGCUGCUGGAAUUUCUCCAUCUGCUUCUGAAAGGUCCAGCCAACACCUGGCUCCGUUUGGUGCCAGAGGCAGAAGGCUGUACAUCACGGUAUUCUAAAGGUCUGGAAUCCCCAGAACUGACAUGUGGAAGGGGCCAGAGCCCAGCUGGAAUUUGUGGAGUCACAGAUGGGGGGGUGUCCCCCGGAGCCUUGGCUACACCCAUUUCCUAGGGAACUCGCCAUCCCCAACACCCACAGUGUUUCACAGCUUCCUGGUCUCUGAGAAUAUUUAUUCAAAAACAGGGAUUGAAAAAACUGUA